UGAGUUAUCUACGCUGGCACGGGGUUCUUCACAGUGAGCGAAGGUCUCUUUUUUCACGGCAUUCGAUCCGGUUAGACACCGAAGAUGCCGCCCAAACAGGAUAGUAAAAAGAAAACUGACACCAAGGGAACCGCCAAGAAGAAGGAGGGAUCCUCCGGAGGCAAGGCCAAGAAGAAGAAGUGGUCCAAGGGAAAAGUGCGUGACAAGUUGAACAACCUGGUGCUGUUUGACAAGGCUACGUACGACAAGCUUCUCAAGGAAGUGCCCAGCUAUAAGCUGAUCACACCCUCAGUUGUCUCUGAGCGACUCAAGGUGCGAGGCUCACUUGCCCGCAAGGCCCUCGAGGAGCUGCUUCAGAAGGGACUCAUCAAACAGGUUGUCAAGCACCACAGCCAAAUCAUCUACACGAGGACAACCAAGGCAGAAGAUGCAUAAGCUGUGAAUAAAUAACAUUAAGUGCAA